AGAGAGAGAGAGAGAGCAUUCCCAAAAUGGGCUUCCCCGUGGGGUACUCGGAGCUCCCGAAGCCGCUCCUCCACAUCCUCCUCCUCCUCGCCCACCUCCGCCGCCUCAUCUCCUUCCUCCUCCGCCCCCUCUCCCCCCGCUCCGAAACCCUAACCCUAACCCUAACCCUGGCCCACCCCAUCGACCGCGCCCUCCCCGCGCUCCGCUUCGACGAGCUCGGGCUCCCCGACCUCGCCAAUGGCGGGGCGUGGUGCGCGGUGUGCUUGGACGAGUUCGAGGGCGCCGCGGAGGUGCGGCGCCCGACGGGGUGCGGCCACGUGUUCCACCGCGCGUGCCUCGACCGUUGGAUCCUCGCCUCCCCCGCCGCGGCGCUCGCGCUGCGCACGUGCCCGCUCUGCCGGGCCCCCCUCGUCUCCGGCGACGGCGCCGGCGACGAGCUCGCGCCGCUGCUGAUCCCCCUCUGCUUCGCCCCCUCGUAGCGGCGCGGCGAUGCAAUUUCUCCCAAGUCGAAGGGUUUUCCUGCAAUUGUAUACAUACAAUUAGAGGUUUUUGGCUUUUUUUUUUCUCUUACUUUUUAGGGACUUGGUGGGGGGUAUUAUUCGCGGGUAAAAGUUCGAGGGGCUCUGUUGCAAAAUUGGCAGUUUUUGAUUGGUUUUUGAAUUUUGGGCUAGUUCAAAUUGAUUGGAGGAGAUGGCGCGGGAAAAUAAGACAGGGAUCAUUGCCGUCCCUGCUGCUUUAAGAUCCGUGCUCAUUGAUCGACGGCGGUGAUUCCCUGUCUCACUGUGAGUCGCAUUUGAACUCGUCUUCUCGUUUGGCUUUGUUUGGAUCGCCGUAUCUGACCGUUUGAUCUUGUGAUCUGAUGAUCUUGAGAGUGAUUUUGUUA